GAGCAGCGGAAGCGGAGGAGGCCGCGCGGACUGAACUGCAGCAGCAGCGGCAGAGGCAGCGGCAGAGGCAGGGCUGGGCUCCACACACACACACACACACACACAUAGACGGACACACACAUUCAACGGCAAACACACACCAGGGCAGGAAAAACGGGAUGGCCUAGCGGUGUUGUGCUGUCAGUGGUCUAUCAGCAGUGAGCUACCUGGACCAGAGUAGGUGUGUAGCAGAGGCAGCAGCAGGUCGCAGAGAUGAGUGUGACCUCCUGGUUCCUGGUGAGCAGCGGGGGCACUCGCCACCGACUCCCACGGGAAAUGAUUUUCGUCGGCCGGGAUGACUGUGAGCUCAUGCUACAGUCCCGCAGCGUGGAUAAGCAGCAUGCAGUCAUCAACUAUGAGGGUGGAGCUGAUGAGCACAAGGUCAAAGACCUGGGCAGCCUGAAUGGGACCUUUGUAAAUGAUGUUCGCAUCCAGGAGCAGAUGUACAUCACUCUGAAGUUGGAGGACAAGCUGAGAUUUGGAUAUGAUACCAACUUGUUCACGGUGGUGAGAGGAGAGCUCACUGUGCCUGAGGAGGCUCUGAAGCAUGAAAAGUUCACAAGUGGACUCCAACUCUGCAAGAAGCCAUCCAAUGGUGAAACCACUAAAACCACUACCACUAAGUCCCCCAUGAAGACUCCAACAAAAACACUUAGGUCCCCCACUGGUGGCGCCCCAAGGCCAGUGGAGAAGAGCAGAGGAGCAGAUGGGGUCACGUCCUCUAAAGAGCCACCAUCUAAACCUGUGGACGGUCAAAAAGCAGAGGAGAGGACACCAGGGGACAUCGGAGCGAUGCCUCGUGGGACCCCUCUGUACGGCCAGCCAUCUUGGUGGGGGGAUGGGGAUGCAGAUGACGAGAACUCCUUCCAUCAAGACAAGUCAUCCAUCAAAAAGCAUGACGGCUCCAUUUCAGAGAGCCAAGAGGCACGUCGAGGGGAGAAGGCGCAAGAGGACGGCAUUCAUGCGUCCCCCGCCCACGAUUCCAUAUACUGUGAGAUCCCUACCAAGGAGAGUCACAUGGCCGAUAACGGCAUCCAUGAGAUUCCCACUAAGGACACAGAGGGCAAUAACAUUCUCAGCGCUGCAGCUCAAGGUCAUGCCUCCUUCACCAUAGAGUUUGACAGCACUUCUCCAGGGAAGGUCACCAUCAAAGACCACGUGUCAAAGUUCACAGCUGACCACCACAGACCACGCUCUAAGAAGAGCGGAGCAGGAAGUGGAGGCGCAGGAGGGAGGGACUUGAGCACACUUCAAGCGGCUAUGAUGGCAUCAGAGAGCAAAGUGGCCGAUUGGCUGGCACAGAACGACCCCACUCUGGUGCGCAGCGAGUCAACGGAGGACGACAGCAAGAGCAUCAAGAGCGACGUGCCGGUCCAUCUCAAAAGACUGAAAGGCAGCAAGCAUGAAGAUGGCACCCAGAGUGACUCUGAAAAUGGAGUGGGCCUUCGUUUUGCCAACCGCCGCCUCGCCCUUGAGGAACGUCUGAAAGCCGCACAAGGCCACGUGGGAGCAGGAGCAGUAGGUGGGAGUGUAACAGUGAGCGGGUCCCAAAGAUCUGUCCCCCGCACUGCCUUCAUGAUUGAGUUCUACGACGAGGAAAACCAUCGCAAGCGCCGGUCGUAUUCGUUCUCCCAGACUGCACCCCUGCUGGGGGGAGGAGCUGGAGGAGAGGGACUGUUUCCUCAGCCUCCAUCGCAUCCUAAGGUGUUCAGCAUUUCCACCUCUGCUACCACGGCCUCAGAAUCAGGUAAAACCCCAGCUCCAAUACCGGCCACAGUGACUGCCGGGGCUCCUACCGCUGCCCGUGUGCUGCUCAAGCAGAGGUCUGAGGACCUGAGUAUCGGUCGGAGCUCAGUCAGUACCGGGCUGGCGACAGGGAGCCCCACCAGCCCCAGUGAGGACAACUCAGUCGUGGGGAGAGGAGCAGGGACAGCUAGAGAUGCAGAGGAUGACCACAGUGAUAAGGGGACCUACACUAUCGAACUGGAGAACAGGAACCCAGAGGAAGAGGAGGCCAGGCGCAUGAUAGACAAGGUGUUCGGUGUUCAGCAGAACCAAGACUCCUCUCUUCUCUCCGACCUGAAAGGAGAAGGAAAAGGAAAGGAGACCAGAGAGACGGGCAAAGAGGCUCUUCUUGGAGACUCGAGCUGGGUCUCUCAGUGGGCCAGUCUAGCUGCCAAUCACACCAGGACAGACCCAGAGGGGUCGGGAGGAGAGACGGCAGCCUUUGUGCACAAAGAGCAAGGAGUUGAUGCCUUUGAGUCCGGUGCAUCCCUCAGCAGAGGCGAAUCCUCCUCCAGUCUGACCGACCGCAAGCGCAGGACCCUGCCUCAGCUCCCUCUGGAUGACCCCCGGGCUAAAACCAGCACCAAAGCGCUGAGGUCUGAGAUUGGGGAGAAACAGGACACUGAACCACAGGAAAAAGAGAACAAGGGAGACGGGGCGUCUCCAACUCCCAAGCAAGGCAGUGAGAUGACAAGUAAACGUAAACAAAGCUCCACCUCCUCUCCGUCCAAAGCUCCUCUUCGAAACUCUGGCAGCUCGGAGCGGAGAAAGAGGUCACAGGAGAGGAAAGGAGGAGGGUCAGGAGAAGACAAGUCAGGGAAGCCUCUAGUACGCCAGGGCAGCUUCACUAUUGAGAAGCCCAGCGCUAAUGUCCCUGCAGAGCUCAUCCCACACAUAAACAGAGGCGGCAAUGGGCGCGAACGCAGUGACUCUGUGAGUAGCAUGGAUACUGCUACACUCCUCAAAGACACUGAAGCUGUCAUGGCAUUCCUGGAGGCCAAACUGAGAGAUGAAAACAAACUAGACCAGAAGGGUAGUAAAAGUUCAGGUACUGGCUUCCCCCUCCGGUCUGACUCUAUCUCUCCAGAGUCAGAUGUAGACACAGCCAGUACAGCUAGUCAUGCAGCAGGAGAGGCAGAAAGGAAAGCUGGUAGUGGACAAAAACGACGUUCCUUUAGCAGCAUGCACCGGGAGAAGAGCAACGUGAGCACUGCUUCCAAGACCAGCGUCACCAAUGUAAGUGCCCGUGAGCGCUUGGACAGGAAGACUAAACCAAGAACUGUGGAGACGACAAGCCGGACUGAUGCACGACGCUCUGUUCAGCCAUCCUCAGCUUCCUCCAGAGCCCGUCAACCUUCACAGGAUCUCACUGAUGAUGAUCUGACUUCUUCAUUCCCCAUCUCUGAUAUCCUCUCCUCAGACCAGGAGACCUAUUCUGGGCCGCUGGGGCAUGGACGUGGCUUCGAUGAUGCCCUCCAUUCCAAACACGAUAGCAGGUCUGCCAAGAACUCCACCAGUGGUUCCUCCAAAACCAGCCGCACGCUCCAGGCAGGCACAGCCUCCUCCAUGAACAAGCAGGCCUCACUGCCACAGCCAAGGCCUACAAGAGCCUCCCUUCUUCGCCGAGCACGGCUGGGGGAUACAUCUGACACGGACCUGGCUGAUGCAGACAGGGUGUCUGUGGCCUCUGAGGUGUCCACCACCAGCUCCACCUCUAAGCCGCCGUCUGGUCGGAAGGGGUUGUCUCGACUGGACAUGCUGGCUCAGCCGCGCAGGACCCGUCUGGGCUCCAUCUCAGCCCGCAGUGACUCUGAAUGUACAAUGACCCGGAGCUCCACCUCUUCGCCACGCCUGUCGGCUGAGACCGCUCUGCGUCUGGGUCUGCGCUCAUCCACGCCCACGGAGAGCAGACUGACACCCAGGAUGAGGGCCAACAGCGUGUCCAAACUGAACGAGACCAAACCUAAGACCACUUCAGCUGGAUACUGCUCGCCCACAGAGAGCUCUCAGCCUGAACCUGAGGGUGGUGAUGCAGAGGAAGAGCUGAUGGUGUCCAGUAGCAGCAGAUGGAGACGUCUGCCACCGGAGUAUGGCUCCACCUCAGAGGAAGAGUUCGGCUCCAACCGGAACUCUCCGAAGCACGGAGGACGCUCCCACGUGCGGCCUCAUCACCUCGUCCCGCACCGCAGCUCAAGGCUCAGCACCGCCGCGAGUCCAGGCGCUGGCGUGACGACGGGUCCGGGGAUGAAACACCGCAUGAAAGAGCAGGAGGAGUACAUCAGGGACUGGACCGCGCACAGCGAGGAGAUAGCCAGGUUAUUCCCCUGUGUGCGUAGGAUCAGCCAGGACCUGGCUAAGGACUUGGCCGUCUUGGCUCGUGAGAUCCACGACGUGGCCGGCGAGAUUGACUCGGUCAGCUCAUCCGGCACGGCACCCAGCACCACCGUCAGCACCGCCGCCACCACCCCGGGAUCAGCUAUCGACACUCGGGAAGAGGUAGGCCCUGCACGUUCCACGCAGCCGGACAUAGAGGAGAGCAUGAGAAAGUUGGUGGAUCGGGUGUUUGAUGAGAGCCUCAACUUCAGGAAGAUCCCGCCUGUAAUUUCAACCAAUAAGGCACCGGAGAUCAACGGUAAGCCAGUGGAGCUCCGCCCCCAUGCUCCUGAACGCGUGGAGCCCCGAGCUCUGAGGAGACGGACCUGGAACCGGGAGGAGGCGGUGUUGGACAGCUUGCUGCUCAAUUCAGUUUCUCAACUGUCCAGUAAAAUCAGAAACUCUGUCGACAAAACUGCAGGAAAAAUCAGGAUUUUGUUUAAGGAUAAAGACAGAAACUGGGAUGAAAUUGAAAACAAACUGCGAUCGGAGAGUGACAUGCCGCUCCUGAAAACCUCCAAUAAGGAGAUUUCCUCAAUUCUGCUCGAACUGAAGAGAGUUGAAAAGCAGCUUCAAGUGAUCAAUGUCAUGGUUGACCCAGAUGGGACACUGGAUGCCCUGGCCAGCCUCGGCCUGACCAGCCCCACCACCCCUACCAAGCCCCUAACCGCCAAAACAACCUUCCCCUCUGCCACCAGCCCUGGGUCUGUGACCCCUGCCAAAGAAUCACUGCCGGAGAUCCUCCCCGGGCCGGGAGGAUCAACAGCCUCCGCCAGGGUUCAGGCUUCAUCUGCCAGCAAAGAGGAAACUGCUCGAGAGCCCAUUGUGGGUCUGGGGUUAACAGGAGUCGGAAUGCACUUCGCGCGCAUACGGCCGAGUGGAGAGGAGGCCAUCGCACAGAAGUGAACUUGAACUUUCCCUGAAAUCCAGGUUAUGUGAAUAAACAUGAGUCUGGACUGCAGUUCUGGUGGCUCAUAAAUCAGUGUUAACAGCAAGGAGGCAGGUAUUUUACUUUUUUUUGCCAGAACAGUUGCCAUUCUGCUGACUAUACCACUCUAGCAUUAUGGAUACAAAACCGAGAUAAUUUUUGCAGAAGUGUUGCCAGAUGAGACCAGAGAAGUGCUUCAACUUUCCACUCGACUGGCUAAACCCCAAAUGAGGCACCAUGGAUGUACCCUGAACAGAAACUGACCCGUGACUGAUUUGGAUAUUUGUCAUGUGAGCUUUCCAACCUUUUCACGCUUAUCGGCCAACCCGACCUCAAGAUGGACAUAACGCUACCUGACGGCUCUCUCAGUGGACAGAUCUCUGUGGCUGUACAGUCUCCACUCUCCCUCCAGUCUUCUCCUCUGGCCUUCUCCACGUGUCAGGACCCCACCCAAACUGAGGGCAUGCCUUAAAACACAUCCUCGAUAGUAGCAGUGUAAACCCCCGUGUCCCAUCAAAUAAUAUACCAGACAACUUUUAAGAUUUUAAUACAGUAAUUUCAGACGAACAGAAUGCAUUGUAACAUAACACUCACAAAAGAUGUUUUAUUUAAACUAUGACGAAAUGCAACACUGCAAUAAUUUAUUAGCUCUUCUUUAGUACACAGAAUAUUUCAGCAGCCUUAAGUAACCACCCUGAUAAAGUACAUAAACAGUCCUGAAUCCGUUCACAAAUUUAGCAGAGUUACAAAAGUUUUAUACAUUUCACGACUAACUGUCCGUCCAUUGAAUCAUCAUCGACCAGGACUUGUAGUGCCUCCUUCACCAGUUGUCUUUUACUCUCUCCUUCCCUUUCCUUUCCCUCCCAGUAGUUGGAAAAAAAUGUUUGUCGCUUUAGUAGCAUGUACUGGACAGAGAUCAAAAGUCUGUGUCGAUCUCACUGAAACUGAAUAGUAACAGCCUUUGGGAAACCAAUGAUCAUUUUCAGCCUAAAUUAUCACUUACCAAAGUUCACCAUUUUCUUGACCCUGUCAAUUUCAGACAGUAGAGCCAUCUUGAAAUUCAUCUGUUGUGCAAAAGCGGACAGUUCAGUUCAUAUUGUAAAUUUGAGAUGGAAGUUCACCUUUUUUCUCUGAAUGUCAGUCAACAAAUCAUGGAUUCAUAUAUUGAACCACUAGUUUAGUCAUCGCUGCCAUAUCUGUGACACAGCUCUUAGCCUUUUGCUAUAGAAAGCCCACUCGAGUAUCCUAUGAUUUCCAAUUGGCUUUUUUGUACUUCUUAGUCACGUUUUCUUUAACUCACACUUUCCCAUCCUGCUGCCAAGUUUUGUGGAAAUCUGUUCGGUAGUUUUUGCGUAAUCCUGCCGACACAAACAAACAAAUGAAGAGGAGUGAAAACGUAAUUACCUCUUUGGCAGAGGUGAUAAACUAAAUCUGUGUAUUUACAGAAGGUGCUUUGUUCUGUUUCAACCAGUGGGUGAGGUUAGAAUUACAAACAGUAAAGUGAAACUCUUUCUCAUCAACUCUUCCCUUAUUUUCACAGGGACUCUUCAUUUUCUCUCUCCAGCUUCUCGUCUGUGUCCUAGAGUAAGAUGACUUAAAGGCAGUGUGUUAGUAGAUUUUCUCAGAAAUUAGGUACCAGAAUACAAGUUCAUUUCCUUCUCCGUCUACUGUACAAUGUCUUUCAAUGCCUCAAAGUGCCCAUUUUGACUAGAGCAGGGCAUUGAUUAAAAGAUCUAAAAAAGAUGUAGCUGUCUAAAAAAAAAAAAAUCUUAUUUUGCACAUCAGAUUGUUUUUUUUGUUUUCAUACAAAAAUAGUGAAGAAACGGUGAGAGGCUGCGUCAAAUGUCACGUGGUUUGAUAAAUGAAAAUCUGAAGUGACUGCCUUUCCUCUCUGGAACUAUUCUGUCUGUACAAAGCUUCUAAUUGUGUUAAUUGUCCCAUUUUAUCAAAAAAAAGUUAAAAAGAAAGUAAAAAAACUGUAAUUAGGGGACUGUGAAUGCUAGGUACAUGUUUAUUUGUUAAAUUCUACGUGUCAUCUGAUCCGUGUCAGUUUUUUUCUCUCGGCAUUUUUGUAAAGAAAAGACACCAUUUUAUUUAUUUAUUUUUGUUUUAAUAUUUUGUGGAUGUUUCAUGUGUUUUAUAUUUGUUCAACUAUCUGCAUUGUUUCUUACUGUUAAUAAAAACAGAGCCAUUCA